CGCGUCUCUCGUGCGUUUGUCGUUUGGUGGAGAUGUGGAAGCAGUCCACAGUUUGACAGACGAGAGAGAUUCUUUCAUAUGAACACACACCUUGGUCUUGGAUGAAUAUUCUGUAUUUUUAAUUGAGUCCCUUCAGAAGUGUGCUAAGGAACAUCUCGACUGCUCUCUCUGUCCCUGUCUCUCUCUCUCUCUCUCUCUCUCUCUCUCUCUCUCUCUCUCUCUCUUUCUGUCUGUCUCUCGCAAUGUCGGUGCUCUCGUUUUCCCGUCUGCUCCCGCUCCGGUGUUGUCUGUCCUCUAUGGGUCGGACCACAAGCGCGUGUCCGGGCAAGUGUGUGCUCACGGUGCCCGGGGUCCGAGGUAUAGCAUCUCGUUUGGACAUGGAUGGAAGCGGCCGUCCAACCACGUGGGAUUCAUUUGGGAUUUGGGAUAAUCGGAUAGAGGAGCCCAUCCUGUUGCCUCCCAGUAUUCGUUACGGGACCCCGAUACCUCACAUCAGUCUAUCGAGGGUGGGCUCAGCAUCUCACAUCGGCCGUCGCCGUGACAACGAGGACCGUUUGCAAGUGAGCGCGCUCACACGUGACAUACAGUACUUUGCUCUGUUUGACGGACACGGAGGAGCACAGGCCGCAGACUUCUGUCACAAACACAUGGAACAGCACAUCAGGGAUUGUUUGUCGGUGGAAACAGAUUUAGAGGUGGUUUUGUCAAAAGCGUUUCUGCGUGUGGAUGCCGCUUUAGCUGCAGAACUGCAGAUUUAUGGAAAUGCAUCACUUAUGAUGGUGGGUACCACGGCGACAGUUGCGUUGCUAAGAGACGGGAUAGAGCUGGUUGUUGGCAGCGUUGGGGACAGUCGAGCUCUGUUGUGUCGAAAAGGCAAAGUGCACAAACUCACAGACGACCACACACCAGAGAGAAAAGAUGAGAAACAGAGAAUUCGUCGGAGUGGUGGGUUUGUUACCUGGAACAGCGUGGGUCAAGCUAAUGUGAACGGACGGUUAGCAAUGACCCGCAGCAUUGGAGACUUUGACUUAAAAAAGAGUGGAGUGAUCGCACAACCUGACACCACUCGCACUUUAUUGCAGCACGCUCACGACUCUUUCCUCGUCCUUACUACUGAUGGUAUCAACUUCAUCAUGACAAACCAAGAGAUCUGUGAUGUCAUCAACCAGUGCCAUGACCCCAAUGAAGCAGCAAACAUCAUUGCUGAGCAGGCUCUGCAGUACGGCUCUGAGGACAACAGCACAAUCAUCGUCGUCCCGUUUGGUGCGUGGGGAAAACAUCAAAACUCUGAAUACUCUUACUCCAUAAGCCGAAACUUUGCCUCCAGUGGUCGCUGGGCUUAGCCAAGAAACAUCAACAGGUCACCUUAAAACAAAAGAAACACUCUCUUUCUACAACUCCACUGCCAACAGCAUGUUUAACCUUCACAUAUUAAACAUAAGGCCAAACAAACGUCCACAUCCAGUUGAAUUGCAACAAGAAAACUUCAAAGCUGAAGUUGUUAUGCUGUAUGUUGACAGCAACCUUACACUGAAAACACAGACUAUUUGUAAAAAAAACAACAACUGCUGUUCAGACAUUGAAGAGCUCUAUUAACCAAAUCAUUGGUUAUGUUGGAUUAUAAUAUAUUUUUGACUCUUUUUAUUAAAGUCUUUAUUUUGCUAUUUUUUAAAACACUCUGACAAAUGGGUUGUUGGGUUGUUAAACAUUUUAUUUAUUUGGUGAAAUCUCAAAUAAUGUACAUCAGCACUGAUAAAGAAAAUAUGCCAGCCUUGAAAAAUUGUACCUCAUCAAUUAUAUGUACAUACAUCUACUCACUGUCAUGAAAGUAAACUUUAAGUUUGAUUUUACUCUUGAGUUAGUCAGUUGUCUCAUCCUGAUCCCAUUACUCCAAUCCGAAUCAAUACUCAUCUGUCAUUUUAACUCAUUCUCAAGAUCUCAGGUGUGUUUGAUUAGAAUUGGAGAGGACAAUGGGCUUCCUGUAUUGGACACUAAAUGCUGAAUCCAAAGGUUUUCAAUAAAUAAAAUACUUAUAUUUUAUUA